AUGAAGGAUUAUGAUGACACCAUAUCUUUUUUGGGUCAGUGGGGACGCUUCCAGCAGAUUGUUUUCUUCCUGCUCUGUGCCAGCAUUUUGCCUAAUGGAUUUGGCCCUUUCUCUGUUGUCUUCUUGACUGACAUUCCCAGUCACCACUGUCUGGUUCCUGAGGUUAACCUGACCCAAGAGUGGCGCAAUGCUAUCAUCCCGAUAGAGGUGAUGAAUGGGAAACAGGAGCAAAGCAGAUGCAGUCGGUACAGGCUGGAUGUUGUCAGAAAUCUCUCUGCUCAGGGAUUCAUUCCUGACAGUGGCGUCAGUCUCACUGACCUGGAGCAGGAGGGCUGUGUGGACGGGUGGAGCUACAGCAGAAAGAUGUACAAAUCCACCAUCAUCACUGAGUUUGACCUGGUGUGCAGUGAUCAGUGGAAGCAGCCGUUCACCUCCACAGUCUACUUCCUCGGAGUUCUUAUGGGGUCCUUCUUCUCAGGACAGCUCUCAGACAAGUUUGGAAGAAAGCCUGUUUUCUUUACCACCAUGGCACUUCAGACUUUUUUUUCCUUUGUUCAAAUCUUUUCACCUUCUUGGACGGUGUUCUCCAUCCUCCUUUUUCUCAGUGGCUUAGGGCAGAUCUCCAACUAUAUAUCUGCCUUUGUGCUGGGCAGUGAGAUCUUGACUGGCAAUGUUCGUGUCCUGUUUUCAUCAUUGGGCGUGGGUCUGUCCUUUUCCUUUGGCUACAUGAUGCUGCCUCUCUUUGCUUACUUUUUGAGGGACUGGAAAUCUCUUCUGCUGGCUAUCUCUCUUCCUGGCCUGCUCUACAUCCCCCUCUGGUGGUUCAUCCCAGAGUCUCCUCGGUGGUUGAUCUCUCAGGGAAGAGUGGAGGAGGCCGAGGCCAUAGUGAGAAAGGCUGCUAAGAAGAACAAAGUCAAGGCUCCAAAGGUCAUCUUUAAAGACUGUGGUGCACAUGCUAAUGAGACAGAGACAACCCCAAAGGAGCACUAUAAUGUCUUUAACCUUCUGAGGACAAAAAACAUCAGGAGCACAACUGUCAUUCUGUGCCUGGUGUGGUUCACUCUGAGCACUGGAUACUUUGGCUUGUCCUUGAAUACAUCCCAACUUCAUGCAAACCCCUAUAUCAGCUGUUUCCUCUCAGCAGCUGUUGAGGUACCAGCAUACAUUUCCAGCUGGCUGGCACUGCGAUACCUUCCACGACGACUGUCUGUCAUCUGUAUCUUGCUGGUUGGAGGUGUGUCGCUGUACUGCAUUCAGCUGGUGCCUCAAAGUUUAUCAGGGCUGUCUGUUGCUCUGGAGAUGCUGGGUAAAUUUGCAAUUACCGCAGGUACAGCCCUGAUGUUCGCCUUUACAGCUGAGCUUUACCCAACAGUGCUCAGGAACACAGCAACAGGGACGUGCACUGCUGUUUCCAGAGCGGGCAGCUGCAUUGCUCCUUUUUUGUUACAGAUGGGUGUAUACUAUAAGUACCUGCCUCAUAUUGUCUUGGGGACUUUGGCUGUGGUGUCUGCCUUUGCUGCUUUUUUCCUGCCAGAGAGUUUUGGACGACCUCUACCUCAAACUGUUCAACAGAUGCACAUAGGAGACAGCAUGACGUGUCCCUUCACCACAAGAAAAGAACAUUCAAAACCUGUUGUUCUUUUUGAAAGUCAACUCUGAUUGUCUAAAACAUUACUUAAAUUACUUAUAAUAAAUAUUGUGCUAUUUAUUGCGUAUUAUUGUUACUGUUUACC